AUGGCUUCAUUUCCACUAUGUCCUGAUUUGAGCAUUGUGAUGAUUGGGAAAACUGGUGUGGGUAAGAGCGCUGUUGGAAACACCAUCCUGGGAAAAACAAAUUUCAGCUCUUGUCCCUUACUGGGGUCAGUGACCGAGGUCUGUGAAAAAGGUGUGGCACAGAUGGGUAACAGGUCAGUUAGUGUUGUAGACACACCAGGGAUCAUGGACGUUGCGAAUUCAGAUGAGUUCAUCAAAAAAGAAAUCAAGAAAUGUGUUGAAGACUCCUCUCCCGGUCCUCAUGUGUUCCUGUUGGUCUUCCAAGUGGGUCGAUUCACUAAGGAGGAGAAAAACUCAGUGAAAGCCCUGCAGGAGCUGUUUGGCCCAGAGAUAAACCAGCACAUGAUUGUGCUGUUCACCCGUGGCGGCGAUCUUGAAGACAUGACCAUAGAGGAGUAUGUAAAUGAAGCUGAUCUUGGACUUCAGCACAUCAUUGAAAGCUGUGGAAACAGGUUCCACGUCUUUGACAACACCAGCAGUGACAGAAAGCAGGUGGAGCAGCUGGUCAAGAAGAUUGAUGACAUGGUGGCAGCAAAUGGAGGCAUACGCUACACAAACGCCAUGUAUAGACAGAGAGAAAAAAAAACAAACAAACAAAAAAAAAAAGGGGCCGGCCCGGAGGCUGACGGCACAACAGUCCAAACCCGGGCAGUUCAGGGGGGCGGCCCGGAGGCUGACGGCCCAAGAGCCCAGAAAACAAUUCAGGAGGCCGGGCAGGCGGGAAGCAUCGGCGGCGACGGAACAGAUCAGGGGGGUGGCCGGGCAGGAGGCACCGGCGGCGACGUAGUUCAGGGGGCCGUCCAUGAUGGCAGCGUAGUUCAGGGAGCCGUCCAUGAUGGCAACGACGUCCAGUCAUCGGCCGAACAGGACAUGCAGGACGAGCAGGCCGGACAGGACGUGCUGGCCGGACCGGACGUGCAGGAUGAACAGGACCAGACGGCAUGGGGACCUCAGGCGCAGACAAAGCUAGACGGAGCGAGGCAGGACCAGCGGAAGCAGGUUGCUGGACGGGCCCCUCGGACCCUCCAGCGGGAACAAACGGCUGAGCAGCCAACCGGCUGUUUUGACAUCCGGCUGUGGGGUGACACGUCCGGCUGUGGGGUGACACGCCGGUGGCAUGGCCGCCGCUUCCUCCUCGGUGAUGGCUCCAAUGGGCCGGGCAACUCCAAGUCCGGCGGGCUGGGCAGCACAUCUUUCUCCGAGUUGGGUAGGUGA